AUGCACCACGGAGGUGACACCCCAACAAAGCAAAAUAAUCUGCAGCAAGCAUUUUCGGAGCGCUUCCCGGAAAUUAACUUCACUCUCAUCGUCGACUACAGCAAGUACCAUGACGUGCUCAUCGACAAUCAGCUGGAGACCAAAACUCUGGUGCCAGAUCUUGUGGCACUACAAACGCUGCAAAAUUUUCCUCGCUGGGCUAGCGCCGGUAAUCUUCUCAAGUACAAGCCAACCAAUUUCUCGAAAAUCCACGAGUCGCUGAGGGACUCGGAUGGUGCCUGGAUGGCGUACAAACUCUUCACAUUCGGCUACAUCUAUAACUCGAGUGCGCUUGACGGUCUCGCUGCACCCACCAGUCCUACCGACCUGGCGAAUCCACAGUGGGCUGGCAAGAUUGCGUCGUCAUAUUCUAAUGACGACGAUGCUGUGUUUUUCCUUUACACGCGCUACACCAAGGCAUACGGCUGGGACUGGGUGGCCAAGAUGGCUGCACAAAACAUCAGUUUCAACCGCGGUCCGAAUGUUGCAGGCAGCCUUGCCAAGUCGGGCGAGAAAGUGGUUGGUGUGGGGACCAGCGGUAGUAGCUCCCCGAUUAAAUUUGUGGGUGGUAACGGCACGGAGUAUCUGAGCUGGGGUCAACGUGUCGGCAUCCUUUCGAAGGCAAAGCACCCUGCUGCCACCAAGCUGUUUGUUGUUUGUCGCCCUUGA